AUGGCUGAUUCAAACUUGUCAGUCGCAAUACUGGACAUUGACGACGAGAUCAAGAAACUAGAUGAAGAAAUACGUACUUUGAAACGCCAAAAACAAAAACUUAUAGAGGAGAAAGAAAAGAAAACCAUGAGUGUGCUGCAAAAAAGGCACUUUUAUAAUUGCAUUCUUCAUAGUUUUAAUGAAAUUCGUGCCCCAGUAUGUAAUACAGAUGAACUUGCUGUUUUUCAGAUACAGAGGAAACUAGAAGCUCAGAAGCAUAACGCAUCCAGUUUAGCGAAUGACAGUGCUGUGUGGGAGUGUGAUACAUUCAGUUGGUCCGAGAACUGUAGGCUCAUACUAAAAAAUAAUUUUAAGCUCGAUGAAUUCCGACCGCUUCAGAGGUCUGUCAUCAAUAGUGUUCUUUCAAAAAAUGAUACCUUGGUUAUUAUGUCAACAGGAGGUGGCAAAAGUCUCUGUUACCAGCUGCCAGCCGUUUUGCUGAAAGGGAUUACACUGGUUGUUUCCCCAUUGAUUUCGUUGAUUGAAGAUCAGAUUUUACAAAUGAAGAAACUGUCUAUUGAGGCAGCUACUUUGAAUCAAUCAACUUCAAAAGAAGAGGCGUCUUCUAUUAUGAAGGCACUAAAUGAUCCAAAAUCAACUCUACGACUUUUAUAUGUGACUCCUGAGAAGUUGUCAAAAAGUAAACGGCUUAUGAACCAGCUAGAGAAGUGUGCGGAACUGCAACGAUUAAAUUUAAUUGCUAUAGACGAAGUUCACUGUUGUUCGCAGUGGGGAUAUGAUUUUCGUCCGGACUACAAAUUCUUAAACAUCUUAAAGCGACAGUUUAGGGGAGUACCCUUGUUAGGCCUGACUGCUACUGCUUCGCAAGUUGUAGUCGAAGACGUCAAAGACAUUUUAAACAUACCAGCAGCUCUUGUCUUCUACGCUGAAUUUAACAGGCCUAAUUUGUUUUACGAGGUCCGUUACAAACCAGCUCCAGACGAUCAUCUUGAGGAAUUGGUAUCGCUUAUUAAUGGUCGGUUUCGUGGUCAAAGUGGUAUCGUUUAUUGCUUUACGAGGAAAGAAUGCGAAGAACUAGCAAAAAGUUUUCGGAAGAAAGGAAUUAGAGCAGCUUUUUAUCAUGCGUAUUUGGAUAGCGGACUGCGCACAAAGACUCACGAAAAGUGGAUACAAGGAGAGAUUCAAGUUAUCGUUGCGACAGUUGCUUUUGGUAUGGGGAUAGAUAAGCCAGAUGUCCGGUUUGUUAUUCAUCAUUCAUUGGCGAAAUCAAUCGAAAAUUAUUACCAGGAAAGUGGACGCGCUGGUCGCAAUGGAGAUGAAGCAGUUUGCAUUUUAUACUACAGGAUUGCGGACCUUUUCCGCCAAAGUACGAUGGUGUGCACAGAAAAAAAUGGCUUGAAUUGCCUUUACGUUAUGUUGAAUUACUGCUUACAGAAAGCAAACAAAUCAAAAAGGAAAAAGCGCAAAAGUUUGAGAUUUCAGAAAACGGCUUGUAGACGAACUAUCUUUGCGGAUUUAUACAAUGUGGAAUGGGAUUCUAAUUUUUGCAAUCAAAAAUGCGACAUAUGCGCUAGCAAGACUGGUAGAGUUCAAGUUGAUGUUACGACAUUAUGGAAGGAUAUGUACGCUAUUCUAAAAGUAGAUAAUUCUAAAAGUGAGACCGGGCGUAUUACCGGUGGUAAACUGAUCGAAAUGGUAUCAAAAAAGAAUCGGAAGUUUUGUCGAGAACUUGUAGAAGAUGCACUUGGAAAUUUCUUGGUUUUACAGUAUUUUGAGGAGGACUUUCAUUUUACCCCGUAUGCAAUCAUCAGUUAUAUUAGGCCGGCUCCAAAAACCAUGAAGUUCAUUAACGAUCCGGGACACAAAAUAGAAAUUACAGUUUUUGAGAAAGCAGAGGAAGAGUACAGAGUCCCGAAGAAGCGGCCAAGAAAUCUAACUUAUGAGGAACAGUGUGACUUGUAA